AUGUCUACUAGACAAGAUCCCGAUGGUCGGUCUAGGUUUGCUAAGCUUGGACUAGCAAUCAAUGAUGAGUUAACUCAGGCAUACAGAGAUAUUCUUGAAAUGGAGGUGACCCCUGCAUCUGAUUGUGAGAAAGAAAAAGUACUCCUAGAUCAAGUGUCUUCUCUGAAGUCAGACGUUCAGGAAAUAAAAGUAGCGUUAUGGUCUGGGAGAAAAGAUGGGCUUUUAUUCAGACACCAGGCUCUGACGUAUUUUAAGGCAGUUGUUUCCAGUGACCCGAGGGUCAGACCAGAUGAUGCAGAGGACACGAAUCUGGAGGGGGCGUCAGUGGAAGCAGAAGAACUGCUGAAUUUAAAAGACAAAGAGCUAGAACUGUUUGAGAAAGAAUUGAGUAAAUGCAAAGUACCAAAAAAUUUGGUUAUCUUUGGACAGCAAGGUGUGGGAAAAUCCUCCUUUAUCAACUCUGUUAUUGCAAGUUUUUCGUCAAACUGCUGGCGAGAGUGGACAAAAGUGGGGGACUUCGAUGGUUGCAGAUAUGGGGAACGAGUUACACGUCAACUUAUACAGAUUUCUAAGGAUGAAUACCUGGACUCAGAGAGACAGAAAAAGUUUCCCUAUCCAACACUCAUUAAUUUGAAUGGAUUCCAAUAUAUAUUUUUAGAGAAACUGAUAGUCUUACUAAGAUAUGUCUUAUUUGGUCUGGUCACAGAAAAACACAAACUGUUAGAUGCACUGAAGUUUUAUGGGUAUGAAGACAUUAAACAGGCAAUGGCAUAUUUAUCAAAACCGGAAAGAACCAGGGCGGACGGUCUGAUUUUCAUGACCUCGGCCGUCUCUUCUCUGCCUCACAAUAUCUUAAACGCCGUAAGACAGGUGGCAGUGUUAGAGGCAGGAGUUCCGUUGUUUGGUGUGCUAACAGAACUUGACAAAGUUAACGACUGGGAGGCACUUGCAAUAAAGAAGAAGGAAUUCUGCUCCAAACUCGGUUUCUCAGAGACGCGACUGCUUCUGUGUACCAACUACUGCGACGAUUACGAUACAUGCUCGGGACAUUCCCGUCUGAAUCAAGUUCAUCCUGAGCUAGAUGUACCCAUUUUAUCCUUUAUGAGACAGGUCUGUGACAUUGUGAACAUCGAUACCAAAUUGAAAGCAUUUCCGUCUAGUGGUAAAGUUAUUAGGUGUAGUGCACUCGGAGGAAAAUUUAGUUAUAACUCUGCACCUGUCGUCAAUGACAUGACACUUGUCAUGGGUUUGGUUGUUGCUGUAAUCGCGUUCGGAUACUGGACUCUUACCAAGUAAGAUGUCUCUUGAACACUCCUUGUCAUGGAUUCGACAUCGAUAACCAUAGAAGACACU